AUCGAAUGGUUGAACUAUUAAAAUUUUUAGAGAAAAAACAAAAAGGAACAUAUUCUUUGUGAUUUGUGAUGCACAUGAAAGAUUCUGUGGUUAAGAAAUUCAAAUAAGAAAACGUUAUAAGUUGAAUGUUGAUAAUUAAUUAAAAGUCAAAUAAACAAUUGAAAAAGCUGUGAAAGAAUGAAUACUCCACGUUCAACACCGUUUCUUUCAAGAAAACUAAGAAGGGAAAAAACCAACCUUUCUGAUGAUGGUUCUGAAAAAACAAAAGAGCCGGUCCGAGUCUUUUGUAGAUUACGUCCUUUGAAAGACAACGUACAAGAUGAAUCGUGCAUUACAUUGGUUUCUCCCACAGCAUUAUCUCUUAAUUCUCCUGUUGAUCCCAAAUAUGUUGCACAAAAAGAAAUUCACUGUCAUUUUAAACAAAUAUUCACUUCCUAUGCCACCCAGAGAGAAGUAUUUGAUUUUGUUGCUAUGCCCCUGCUUCAAGAUUUGUUUAAGGGUAAAAAUUCUUUAUUGCUCAGCUAUGGCGUAACUGGUUCUGGAAAAACUUACACUUUGUCUGGAGCAUCAUCUGAUCCAGGAAUUGUACCACGUAGUAUUCACACAAUAUUCAAUACGAUAGAAGGAAUUCAAGCACCUAAGUUCACUAUUAAGCCUGAUAAAAUGAAUGGUUUUUCAAUUCAGUCUGAAGAUGAGGCUGCUCAAGACAGAUUAUUAGAAAGCAAAAUCAAGUCCAAGAGUCUGAGAGAUAAAACUUCCAGGAGGGUAAUUGGGGAUGAAUAUCAGUAUGUAAAUGAUGCAAAAAAUAUAUUUGACAUUGAUGAAAGUUGCUCUUAUGCUGUGUUCGUUAGCUAUACAGAAAUAUACAACAACACUGUAUAUGAUUUAUUAGAGGAAUCAAACACUAAGAGUUUACAACCAAAGAUAUUAAGGGAGGAUGCACAGAAGAACAUGUAUGUUAUUGGAGUCACUGAAGUUGAAGUUAAAUCUGCCGAUGAAGCAUUUGAAGUUCUUAGUACAGGUAUGAAGAAGAAAAGAAUGGGUUUUACCCUCCUUAACUCAGAGUCUAGUCGCUCUCAUUCAGUUUUCAAUAUUCGUUUAGUUCAAAUAGAGCAAAUUGCUCAUAAUAGUGAUGGUGUAGCUAUUAUUCCAGAUUCUAAUCUUAUAAAAGUGUCUCAAUUGAGUUUAGUUGAUUUGGCUGGUUCCGAAAGAACAAAUCGUACCCAGACUACAGGAAUGAGAUUGAAAGAAGCUAGCAGGAUAAAUAACUCUCUUAUGAACUUGAGGAACUGUUUGGAAGUUCUAAGGGAAAAUCAGCUUACAGGUUCUAAUAAACUGGUACCAUAUAGAGAUAGUCGGUUGACUUUCCUCUUCAAAAGCUUCUUCGAAGGAUCUGGAAAGGUUGAAAUGAUUGUUUGUGUGAAUCCUUCUAUUAAUGAUUAUGAAGAGAACUUACAAGUAAUGAAGUUCGCUGAAAUGACUCAAGAUGUCAAAAUUAAACAAUCUAUACGUAAAGAUACUCCAUAUCCAAGUAAAAAAGGCAAAAAAAUAUUUAAUACACCUGGAUCAAUAAGUAAGACUAAAAUUACUUCAUCCUUUGUAUUGCAGAAAAUACCAAUGUUCAGUUUCGAUCCCAAUCAUUUCAUUGAGAUGGGAGAGACAAUAGAUGAUAUUGGAAAAAUCCUGAAACUAAGAAGCUCAAAAAUUGAAACUUACUUUUCGGAAUUGAAUAAUAAAGAGAAACAUUUCAGGAAAAGACUGUGUGGUUUGAACGAAGGCAACAUCUUGAAUAUCACUGAAUUAAAGAGUACAAGAGUAAUAAUCAAAAAACUCGAAGAACAGUCUACCAAUUUGAAGAAUAAAAUGUGCGACUUGGAGAUUACGAAAAAUAAACUGGCUUCAAAAAAUGUUGAAUUGCAGGAUGUUAUCAGAUCUUUGAAGCAAACAAUAGAGGAAAAAGAUCUGAGAAUAAAUCAGAAAAUAUUGGAAAAAGAAAAAGAGAAGGAAAAGUUCUUUAUAGCUAAUGAAAAGAUGUCUCAGGAACUAGACAACAAACUGAGGAAGCAACGAGAACAUUUGCAUGCAUCAAUGCAAGCUAAGGAUAAUAAAUUGAAAAGAGUCAGAGAAAUUUUGGAGAGCGAUGAACAAUUAGCAGCACAGGAAGAAAAAGAGAACAAAGCAAAAGAAGUUGAACCAGAGAUUUGCACUCGGGACGUACAUCAGAUCUAUUCCCCGCCCAAACAAGAUAUCCAAAGGAAAAACUUACAAACACCUGGAGGAAGACACAGACGUUCUAGAUCAGCAGGAGAGGUGUGGCUUGAACAUAACUCCAUAAAACCUGUACCGCUUGGUACAGUUUUGCAGCCUUCUGUGAAGAAACGCAAAUCUCUUUCAAAACUCACCAAAGCCAGUGAUAUAACAAAUCCUAAUCAGAGUAAAUAUUGUCUUAUUGCUCAAGACCAAGAUACAGAAGGAGAAAUCGAAACCAAAGUGUACAAAGGUGAUAUAGUUCCUACUUGCGGCGGGGGUGCUCAGGUCAUUUUUAAUGAUGUAGAACUUUUGAAACAAAAGAGUCCAACGGCUACACCAUAGAUUUUUUUUUAAGUGUUAUAUUGUUUAUGGCUUUAGCAUAUUGUUCCUUUAUUUGAUAGUCUAAUUUAAUACAUUUAUAGUUUAUUCAAUCCAAAAUGAUUGGUUUAUAUGCAUUGUAUUUUUUAUUUGACUCAUUUUGACAAAUAUUCCAACAUUUGAUAUUAAAAGUGUGUGAUAAUGUAGGAAACAGAACUUCAACUGUUUUUAUUUAGAAAAGAAAUUUUAUUUAUCUCUAGAAUUAACAUUGAGUAGUAUAUUUUUAGUUGGAAUCGGGUCUCAAACUAUAGCAAUUAUAUAUUUAUAUUUGCUUGGAA